GAACACGGCGGCGGAACUACAACCACCACCAGCACGGAAGUGACGUAACUAGCAGGUCGGAGUUCAUCCCGUGUCAACACAUGUGCGUCUCCCCGCGGCAGCCACGAGUCCGCAGCCGGGAAACUGCUUCACUUCAGCGGCUCGAGGCUCGUUUGCCCUAAAACAAGUUAACAAAAUGCCCAAAGACGUGUCCUCUUCAUCCGGUGAAGAGGAAGAGGAGGCUCCCGCUGCAGGAACACAACACAAAGCGCGAGAGAACCAGAAGAAGACCAGGUACCAGUGUCCUGCUGACUUUGUGUCUUUCUGCCACGCCCCCUGCAGCAGCACACAAACACAGAGUCUGAGCAACAACAAGAACGAGUUAUGGCUCAUUAAAGCUCCCGCCAACUUCAAUCCAGAAUGUUUCAGUGGCAUCAAGGUUCCUCUCUCAGGUCUGGAGACCGUGAAGGUUCCCACAGCUGCAGGCGGAGACACGACUGCCAGCGGCCAGAAGAUCUACAGCAUCCUGGCAUCCUCCCACGGCACCUCAGAGCUCCACCUGCUCACCACACACAAGCGGUCGUCGGAUGGCGUCGCUUUCGCUCCUGCUUUUUCAGGCUUGAUAAAUGUGUGUGAGAGCUACGGGAACACCAGCGCUAACUGGGCUCCUCAGGUCAUCCCCGCCGCUCCUGCACCCUCCAUACCACCGGGGCUGAAGCAGCGAUUCCAACCCUUUGGCAGUAGGACUCCCACGCUGACCUGUGUGGCAGAGAACGAGACGGACGGAGCCGCCUUCGGGCCCUCGUCUACGACCCUCCGGCCCCUGGUGGUCAAGCGAUUCAUAGAGGAAGCAGGAAAUGAGGAAGAAGGUGAGGGGAGGAAGAAGAAGAAGAAAAAUAAAGAAAAGCAGAUCAAGUUGGAGAGAGAGGAGUCGGAGGAGUUGGUCAAAGUGGAACCUGAAGCUGAAAUUAAGGAUGAAGUGAUUUCGGAGGUCCCAGAGGAGAAGAGGAAGAAGAAGAAGAAAAAGAAGGACAGGGAGCGAGAGGAGGUGGAAGAGGGACUGGAGCCCAGUGUGGAGGUAAAGGCUGAAGAGGUAACAGUCAAAUGUGAAGCAAUGGACACUUCGUAUGGUGAUGAAGGGGAAGGACCGGUGAAGAAGAAGAAAAAGAAGAAGAAAAGCAAAACUAAAGACGACUAGUCUGCUGUUGUCUUUACGUUUUGUUUAGUUUUGACUUUCUAAAAUCGCCUGGGAGUCCACCUCCUUCUGAAGUUGUUUUCAGGCAUGAACUCUGGAGGAUGUCCGAACCUCUGGCUCCAGACUUUCUCUCACACAUUAACGACGCAGCCUGAGAUUCUCCACCGCUGUGACGCUGCUGUGGAGAUCACGUGUUGUCGUUUACAGCUCAUCGACACCAGCGUCCACUCUUCUCCUGCCGUGUUCUCACAUCACCUCCCUCAAAUAUUUUCCAGAGUUUUUAUUCAGGGCCUGGCAGGAGAAGCUCUGGAGUCUGUCUGGAGUUCAGUGCAGGUCUGAAAGAGGCUUAAUUCAAUCCAUGCUAUUGAUAAUUGAGAGAUUAUAUAAAUCAGGACAUUGUAGUUUGGAAAAAAGGAGAAAAUACAUCUUGAAUCAGUUAAAUUCUGACACAAAUUAUAAAGUGGGUUCAUUCCAGCAUCUUCAAAUCCAAUGUUCAUAUAAUCCUGAGCCCAGUAUGACACACGGAGCAUGUGUGCAGCUGCAGGUGACGUCGAGUGACGGGGAAUGAGAGCGUACAGGAGGAGUUUCUGUGUUUUCCACCGGUUUCUGUGAAGUCGUGGUCGAUUGUGUGGGACUGUGUUUCUGUGUUUCUGUACAUAUUCACGUUACUGGGGGAAGUAACGUCACCAGUUUGGCUGCAGACUCAGAAAAACCCCAGAGCGGACAAGAUGACAGAAUAAUGGUUCUGUGUCACGUAAGGCUGUUAGUAGCUGGAGCUGAGUCACAUGCACUGCAGGAGUUACGUGUGUGCAGGAAAACACAUGUUGGAGAACAAACUCCAAAAGUGAUUAAAAGACCUGAAAAAACAAA